CCCCCCCCCCUGCCCAAAAACAAAGCUCCCCCACACUCCUUAGCCAACCAGCAGGUGGCGCGCGCCCGUCGUCUGGGUGACGUCAUGCGCUAACAGCUGGUCGAUGAGCCAGGGAGAGAAAGGGAGGGAGGGGGAGGAGAGGAGAGGAGGGGGGGGGUGUAAAAAUGUAAAGCGGCAACAGCGAGCUGCACCGCCGCUACGAAGACUCGGAAGCAUGUGGAGGGUGGACUGCUGCCCCGUCACGAGGAUGCUGCCCUUCAUCGUUUACACUUUCCUCUGCGUUCCUGGGGAUUGCCUUUUUGUGACUGAAUACUUCACCCGAACGCCUCGUAAGCUCAGUGCUUUCAACUCCUUCGCCAGUGUGGAACUGUUCCACUUCAAUGUGCCUGACGACACCAUAAUGGCCGUAUGGAACCUCAUUACCUUCAAGGAACAAGGCGGUACCUUCGGAGACAGCUGCCCCAAUCGCAAUGUCACUGUGUACUUCAGGUCCGGCGCUCCUCCGGUAAUCAACCCCCUGAACACUCACUUCCCUCGGGAUACGGUCGUCCCAGGAUCUUUCGCGGUGACUCUGACCUGGACGCUCCCGAACCGAACAACGGGGGCGUUCAACGUGACCAGCCCGCUCCCGGGGGACUGGUUCCUGGCUGCGCAUUUACCCAAGGAUGAAGGCAAGAUCUCAGUCAAGGGUUUGUCUGAGGAGUGCCAGUAUCUGUUCCAGCCUCAGCUCAUUGUCCAGAGGCUUGUCGGGGUCGCGGUGCUGUACCCGGGAUACUUCAUUGACCAGAUGAUUCCCGCUCACAACAGAUCUGCUCUUUACAAAGUGUUUGUUCCCAAUUACAUAUCAAAGGUGAAAGUUCAGCUGUUGAACUGCGGCGUGAAGAACAAGAGCGGCGACACUUGUCCCGUGGUGUUGAAGAUAAGAGCGCGGGCGCCGCCGGUGCACAACUCGAGUGCCCUCGACUGCCGCGAGUGGAGCCCCUGUGAGCUGGAUGCCGCCGUGCCCGCCUGGGAGCAAUGGUACUACAUCCUGGUGGAGAGAUACCUCACUAACGCCGACGUCUACUUCCGCAUCGGCGUGCAGGUUACGGACUGCACCAAGUCCAAUGCAUCAAAGGAGCAGCCCCCAGCCAGCUCGUCCAUGAACAUGCCGCAGUCGUUCGGCACGGCGAUGGCACUCUACCUUUCCGACAGCCUGUCGGCGGCGGCACCGGCAGGCCCGUGGUACAACGCCACUCAGCCGCAAGCAUCCGGGGACAGCGUCAUCUACUUGGCUCCUCCCACCCCCAGCAACCAGUGCUGGCCCAUCCGCCCGACGCUUCGCAACGAGCUGGAUACGUUCUCGGUGCACUUCUACGUCUUCUUCGGUCCAAAUAUUUCCAUUCCGCCGGACAGGGCGGCCGUGUUCGCCAUCAACCUCAUGCCCGUCUUAGACAGCGGCGGCGUUCUCAACAUGGAGCUCAAGCUCAACAUGUCGACGCUUCAAGACAGGAAUGUCACCGUGCAAGGCUGCCUGACUCACGGGAUGCCGCUCUUCCUUUGGCAAAGCUCAUUAUCCAAAUGUGACUCAGAAUCCGUCGCCGGGUUUUUCCUCUCGGUGAACACCUCCACAAAUAUCACCAAGCUCAGGAUUCCGUACCCUCAGACGGGCACCUGGUACCUCAGUCUGCGCUCUCUAUGCGCCGCACAACACGGUUUUGAGGCGUGCCCCAACAUCACUGCAGAGGUGUACAUGCGCGCCUACCUGACGCCGUGCAUCAACGACUGCGGCACGUACGGACAGUGCAAGCUGCUUCGCACCAACAACUACCUUUAUGCCGCGUGUGAAUGCAAAGCAGGCUGGGAAGGCUGGGGAUGCACAGACAAUUCGGAGGCCUACUCGUACAGCUUCCAGCUCCUCUCCACCCUGCUGCUGUGUCUCAGUAACCUCAUGUUCGUCCCGCCGGUGGUCAUCGCCGUGCGCAGCCACUACCUGCUGGAAGCCUCGGUCUACAUCUUCACCAUGUUCUUCUCCACCUUCUACCACGCAUGUGACCAGCCGGGCAUCGUGGUCUUUUGCAUCAUGGAGUAUGACGUUCUGCAGUUCUGCGAUUUCCUGGGCUCCCUCAUGUCAGUGUGGGUCACGGUCAUCGCCAUGGCGAGGCUGAAGUCCAUCAUUAAACAGGUGCUGUAUUUGCUGGGGGCCAUGUCCCUGUCCAUGGCUUUGCAGCUGGACCGUCACGGUUUGUGGAACCUGCUGGGACCCAGCUUGUUUGCUCUGGGCAUCAUGGCGGUGGCAUGGACGGUGCGCACCGUUCGCCGGCGGCGAUGUUACCCGCCCACCUGGAAGCGCUGGGUGUUCUUCCUCUUCCCGGGCACGGCCAUCGCCACGUCGGCCGUGGCCCUUUACGCCUUCGUGGAGACGGAGGAGAACUACUUCUACAUCCACAGCAUCUGGCACAUGCUGAUCGCCGGCAGCGUGGGCUUCCUGCUGCCGCCCCGCCCCAAACCCGACGCCAAGGUGACGCCGCUGAAGCGCCGGCGAGGCUGCGGCUAUCAGCUGUGCGUCAACGAGCACGAAGAACUGGGCCUGGUGGACCCGGCCAUCAUUUCCAUAAACAGCAUCUGCACUAGCUGAUGAACUCCCGCCCUGGCGCUGCCCCCCCCCCCCCUCCUCCUUCUACCUUAGUGACACUUCAUUGCCUUCUUUGACUUGGGACGUUCACACACGGGAAAUAAGCCACAGAACUUGACAAACAGAUGUAAAUACUUUUAUGCAGAUAACCAACCCAUGGUCAUCUUUUUGUCGUCAUGGUUACCAUUGUUGCCCCCCACCCCCUCCGCCCCCCCGUGAAGCGACGCCACACCACACGGUUCGGUUGCUACAUGUUUCUUGUCGCAACGCUUCUCGCUAAUCGAUCCAAGUCAAGUCCGUUUGAUUUUCUAUCGCGCCAAUUCACAACAGAAAUUAUCUCGAGGCACUUUACGGAUUGUGAGCGAGUCAAGAACCGCACUCCAUACAGCGGAACCUGAAUUUACCAGACCCCGAAACAAUUCAUCGGGCAAAAAGUAGCUUUCAAAGUUCCGAAAUUGGUUGCGUCAUGCUACACAAGGCCGGUCACGUGUUUCUUGCUAGCGCCGCUCUCUCAUCCGAGGUAUAAGAGACGUUACGGUAGACCGGAGCGGCCGAAAAAGUGUUCCGUUAUGGCACUCAUCUCGGCAGAUGCCACUUUGUCAUCAAAACAAGGCAUGCGUCGGCCAUGUUAGCAUGGGAGGGCGCUGUUUCAAAUGUAAUAUAGCGUAGGUGUUAGCUUAGCAUCCGCGGCUACAAGAAUGUGUCGUAUUGACCUAUCUUUGCACUGGAGUGAGUGGCGUACGCAUCUCUUGACAUACUCAUUUCGAGAGUUGUUUUUUAAUUUUUUUUUUUGUAAAUCAAAAUCGUAAUAGAGGUGAAAAAAGACAGCGCUAACAUUGUGGCUCAUGAACGCGACAAGAUUUUCCAAUCGAUUCAAGCUUUAUUUUUUUUUCAUAUUUAAUGGACACUAACUUUUUUUGUACAGUGCAGGACGUUUUUUACACCAUGAAAAUUACAUAAUUGUGCUUGCAAUUGCAUAAUUGGGUGCUUUUAGGCCAGGAACAGCCUCGAACGGGUGACAGCUCAACCCAAAUAGUCUGUUAAAUCGCGGUUCCACUGCGUAGCAAAGUAUCAAAGAACCAAAUGAACCCCACGUCGCAGUGUUUUGAAAAACACGGCUAACCAAACUAACAGAGGGAGCUGAAUUCAAUAGUUUCAGCUCAGCCGAUGUCUCGACGUGAAGGUUUAAAGCAAGAGUCUUUUUGCUUUUGAUGAAUAUAAUUGACUGCCGGUUGACAGACAGCUGAGGUUAAAGAUAAAGUCAGUGCAAGUUUUUUUUUUUCUAAUUUUGAUCUCGGCAGGGUUUAAAAGCCAGGCUCGGCCGGGGACUGAAGUGGACCAUCUUGAAAAGGUUCCGCUUGGCCGCUCACACCAGCGCGCUAUGCAGUUGAGCAUCUGCGCCGGCAUUAGUUUUCGCUGAACCACAAAAACAUGGCGUGAUUGUCAAGGAAGAAGCAGAUCAAAGACAAAGACAGAAAACGAGCAAAAUAUGUGGUUGGGUAU